AUGGGUAACACUCUGCAAAAGCAAGCCUCCUUCAAGAGACGGAGCAAGAACAAACCCCGGAGCGGUCUGAGUGGAUUGGAAAUUGUGCUGGAUCAACCACAAGAGCCCAUGGUCAGUGAAAUGUUCCAAGAAGGUUUUGACGCAGAUUUGGAUUAUGAUUAUGAGGAUGAAAAAGACCACAUCGAAGAUCGCGACUAUAGUAUGCAAGACUAUAGUAGCGAUCGACGAGUGAUGGAUGAUUCUCUGCUGCUACGAAAGAGCCACAACAGCCGCAAGUCCGUACGAAGCAGUCGAACAUCGACAUCUUCCAGACGAUUAUCCGCAUCGGAAGGUGCCGAAGAUCUCAUGACUUGCAUGAUCCCUGGCAUGGAUCCCCUGGAGAUGCUACGAUUGGUGGAAGGGUGCGUCGAAGAAGACGAAAAAGAAAGGGAAAUUGAAGAGGCUCGACUGAUGAGCAAGCGCAAUCUGUACUCCAAAAGCAAAGAUAGGAGCAGCCGGAGGAGAAAACGAAGUUCCAUGACCAGUGGUGCUGCAUAA